CCAAAGUACUCUUGUACAAUUGGCACUGGUCUUUUCCAAACAAUUCCCGAUCGUACUUGCGCCAGAAGAUUCUAACUCGCCCUUGUUGGAUAUAAACACACCUUUGCACCUCUAUAAAAGGGAGCCACCAUUUGUGCUAUCAAACCAUCCAAGUUUCCUCUUCGGUACAAGGUCUGCAAGGCAGCAAUAACAAGCUAUAGCUAUCCUCUUCAAGCCAAGAACGCUUAGAGAUCGAUCUGUUCACAAACACGACAUAUAUAUUAGAAAGCAGAUAUGGACCGUGUGAUGAAGCUGGCGUCAGAGCAUGCGGUCGUGGUCUUCACCCUGAGCUCCUGCUGCAUGUGCCACACCGUGGCACGGCUCUUCUGUGACCUCGGUGUCAAUGCGCUCGUGCACGAGCUAGACCAGGACCCUAGGGGAAAGGAGAUGGAGAGAGCUCUCCUCAAAAUGCUUGGUAAAAGCCCGUCUGUUCCGGUGGUGUUCAUCGGCGGGAAGCUUGUCGGCGGCACAAACAGGGUCAUGUCUCUGCAUCUCUCCGGCGAGCUGGUCCCAAUGCUGAGGAAUGCAGGCGCCCUCUGGCUAUAGGCCAGCAAAGGGUUUCCACUCGGAAAUAAAAUUUUGUCAGAGUGUGAAGUAUCUGCAUUUUAUACUUUCCUAGCAUAACCUAAUGACCUAGUUUAUGCCGAGCAGGGUUUUUCAUCCUGUCCCGAGAAUCACUAGGUUCCUUUGUGAAGCAGACAGUAACAAGAGGUUUCUUGCUCCCUAGGAGUGAGAUACCUGCAUGCUUUAUGCAAGUAGUAACUCAGACUUUAUUUUUGUAAGUGUAUUCUCAAUGUUUUUCAAAGAGGCCCUUAAUAACAAUAUAUGUAUUCACAGUUUAUUGUUAUAUAGCAAAUGAAUAAUAUUCAUACAUUUAACGUUUCAA